CAUCUGAGGCAGAGUGGGGGUAGUCGGCUAAGCUGCUUACAGCCCGGCCCGCAGGCCCACGGUUGAACUGAUGCGAAGAAUGGCCGAGCUCAUCAGCGCAGCGAAACAUGGCGUGUAAGGAGAGGCGUUGUUCGGUACUGCUGUCAUCAACAUAACUGGAUCGGACCACCUGAAGGAAUGUUCACCCUUACAGAAGUAGCCUCCCUGAACGACAUCCAGCCAACUUAUCGAAUACUAAAACCAUGGUGGGAUGUCUUCAUGGAUUAUCUUGGUAUUGUCAUGCUGAUGUUGGCCAUAUUUUCUGGAACCAUGCAGUUAACUAAAGACCAAGUUGUUUGUCUACCCAUUCUGGAACAAACUCCAGAGGGGGCUGGCGGUUUCUUGGGCCCCCAACCACCAGAGACAGCUGAUGGUUUCUGGAACAAAGAAAGCGCCAUCGGGGAACAAGCUGCUCCUCUAAUGGCUAAAAGGCCUCCUGAUAGCAUUGCACCUACAAUUCACCUUACACAGCCGGCUACUUUUGGGCAGCACCAGCCCACAGGUGUCAGAACCAAGUUGGAUUUUCAGCAGUAUGUUUUUGUCAACCAAAUGUGCUACCAUGUUGCACUUCCUUGGUAUUCCAAAUAUUUCCCGUACCUCGCUCUAAUCCACACAAUUGUAUUAAUGGUCAGUAGCAACUUCUGGUUCAAGUACCCAAAGACAAGUUCCAAAAUAGAACAUUUUGUUUCCAUACUUGGAAAAUGUUUUGAAUCACCUUGGACUACUAAAGCACUGUCCGAGACUGCUUGUGAGGACUCGGAGGAGAACAAGCAGAGACUGGCUGGUGCCUCCUCCCUCCUGAAACAUCUUUCCACAAGCAGUGAGGAAGGGAGUCCAAAUCAGUCUGCCCCAGUGCUGACUAAAUCUGGGGUCACAUUUUCUGCUGAAAAGCUGGUGAGUGAAGUUCCCUCUAUGACCAUACUGGACAAGAAAGAUGGAGAGCAAGCAAAGGCCCUGUUUGAAAAAGUGCGUAAGUUCCGUGCCCAUGUGGAAGACAGUGACUUGAUUUACAGGCUCUAUGCCAUUCAGACAGUCAUCAAAACAGUCAAAUUCAUUUUGAUCCUUUGCUACACAAUGACAUUUGUUGCCUCUAUAGAUUUUGACCAUGUGUGUGAGCCGGAAAUAAAGCAUUUGACUGGAUAUGCUAAGUUCCAUUGCACACAUAACAUGGCUUUCAUGUUAAAGAAGCUCCUUGUCAGUUAUAUUGCUAUCAUAUGUGUUUAUGGCAUUAUCUGUAUAUACACACUGUUCUGGCUUUUUCGGCGACCACUGAAGGAGUAUUCCUUUGAAAAAGUCAGGGAGGAGAGCAGCUUCAGUGACAUUCCUGAUGUCAAGAAUGACUUUGCGUUCCUCCUCCACAUGGUUGAUCAGUAUGACCAGCUAUAUUCGAAGCGUUUUGGGGUUUUUCUCUCAGAGGUGAGUGAAAACAAACUUCGAGAGAUCAGCCUGAACCACGAGUGGACCUUUGAGAAGUUACGUCAGCAUGUUACCCGCAAUUCUCAAGAUAAGCUGGAACUUCAUCUUUUUAUGCUAUCCGGAGUGCCGGAUGCUGUGUUCGAUCUCACCGAUUUGGAAAUCCUUAAACUAGAAUUAAUCCCGGAGGCCAGGAUAACAGCUAAAAUCUCACAAAUGGUAAACCUCCAGGAGCUUCACUUCUAUCACUGUCCGGCCAAAGUUGAGCAGACUGCUUUCAUUUUUCUUCGCGAUCACCUCCGGUGCCUUCAUGUCAAAUUCACAGAUGUCGCUGAGAUUCCUAGUUGGGUAUACUUGUUGAAGAAUUUAAGGGAACUGUACUUGGUUGGUAACCUGAACUCUGAAAACAAUAAAAUGAUCGGACUGGAGUCUCUCCGAGACCUCAGGCACUUAAAGAUUCUGCAUCUCAAAAGCAACCUCACAAAGAUCCCGACGAACAUAACAGAUCUGUCCCCACAUCUGACCGAGUUGGUCAUUCAUAAUGAUGGUACAAAGCUCUUAGUGCUUAAUAGUUUGAAGAAAAUGAUGAAUCUCGCAGAGUUGGAGCUUCAUAAUUGUGAGCUGGAGCGAAUCCCUCAUGCUAUCUUCAGUUUGAACAACCUUCAAGAGCUUGAUCUAAAAUCCAACAACAUUCGUACCAUUGAGGAGGUCAUCAGCUUUCAGCACCUCAAGAGACUGACAUGCCUCAAACUUUGGCACAAUAAGAUCAUCAAUAUUCCAUUGUCAAUUAGCCACGUCAAAAACCUUGAGUCGCUCUAUCUCUCGCACAACAAGCUUGAAUCUCUACCCUCUUCAUUAUUCACCCUCCUCAAGUUGAGGUACCUCGAUGUUAGCCAUAACUCCAUAGUGGUAAUACCACCGGAGGUUGGCUUUCUGCAGAACCUCCAACAUUUUGCCAUUACAGGCAACAAAGUUGAGGUAGUCCCCAAGCAGCUGUUCAAAUGCACCAAACUGAGGACCUUAUGUCUCGGCCACAACUGUAUCUCCUCAAUUCCUGAGAAAAUUGGCCAACUCUCACAGCUGGCACAUCUGGAACUGAAGGGAAAUUGUUUGGAUCGACUGCCAGCUCAGCUUGGUCAGUGCUGCCUCCUCCGCAGGAGCUGUCUGAUUGUGGAGGAUCACCUCUUCGACUCACUCCCCAUGGAGGUCAAAGAGAGCAUCAAUCAGGAAUCUAGUGUCUCUUUUACAAAUGGGUGUAAGUGUCUCAGUGAUGGGCGGUAGGCACAUCCUACAUUGCAUCAAAUGUUGGGCAUUUCAACUUAGUCUUUUCAGUCAUGCUGUUAGAAACAGUAGUUCAGUGUACAGUAUUGGUACACUUCAUGAUGUUUUCAACUUACAUAGUGAACAUACCACAGCACAUACAAGGUCGGUACCACUGGAGAAAUUUUAGAUGAACUGUAGAAAAGAUCAUGGCUUGUGUCAUGUAUAUAUAUUUAUUUUCAUUUUGUGUUCAGUUAAUGUAGGAGCACAAUAGCAGUUAAAUAACUCAGCUUAUAUUUUUUACCUUUGUAUGCAAAAUAUCUAUAGUGGAUGUACAGAUAUUUGUAUAAUUUUCCCCUUUUUUAAUCUGUGAUUUCAUUAGGUUUCUUCAGAUUAACAAGAUACACUUGACGAACCUCAAUUUAAAGGGUUAGUUCACUUAAAUUACAAAAAAGUAGCAAUGCAACUAACUUAGACUUUAUUGGCCCAUAUUUUGUCUCCGAGUUUUCUGCCUCAGUGAUUACAACAAUAAAAUAUUAUAUUUUAAAAAAAAAAAACCAACAGCAAAAGUUCUUUCCAGAAAUAGUGCUCACAUUUCCCUGGAUAAGACCUUAUUCUUCACAGUUUUUAUUACAGCUACUUUACAUCGCAGAAAUAUUGUCUUAUAAUGAAGUAUGGGGAUUAUCCAGAGCACCCUGGAUAUAGUUCACAGAAAAAAAUACUUCUAUUAAAAUGUGAACGUUGUGAGCAAAGAGAGAGAUAUCUCAUCACUUGGACAAAUAAAUACAAAAGUACCUGCAUGGCUACAUGCCACUGUAAUUUGGGUGAAUAGACCCUUUAAAAAGCAUUCAUGUGUAUGUGCAUGUGUACAACCACUACAGUAUGCUGUAGACCACAUACAAAUUUAAGAAUUGUGUAGUUCAGUGGUUCCCAACUGAUCUAGCUUCAGGGUCCAAGACAGACAUCAGAUCACACAUAGACCAACUUAACACUGAUUCAGUGAAUGUCCAUCCAUCCAUUCUGCAUAUCUUCUUGCUGUGAGGGGACAUUGUUAACCACCGUGCUACCCAUAAUUCUAUUUCACAAAAAUAGCAACUAAAAUAUCUUAAGUACAACUGCUUGAAGCCAAAAAAAAAAGAAAAAAAAUUGAAGUUUUGCAGUAAGAAGACUUUAAACAAUUAUUAAAAAACAUUAAAAUCAUUUCAGUAGCAGUUACAACUAUUUCAGGCUUAUAAGGGAACUGCAACUAUUUUUACAUCAUAACAUAUAAACAGGCCUGAUAAAAAGAACAGGGCGAUACAACAGCUGCAGUGCAGAAAAUGAUAAAGAGAAAAAAAGUUUUUUUCAAACUAGGUUUCAACCCAGACUAGUACUUCAGUGCAUAUAAUGUUUUUAUUCCCUUUUAUUGUUCAGUGGAAGUAAACUUAAGUUGAAUGUAUUUUUAGCCAUGUUGGUGUUGUGGAACAGGUACGUUUUUCUCGGUCUCUGCUAUGAACAGCAGAGCGACCGCUACAGUCCGACACACAGGGUCUAAAAGUGAAAAGCAGGACCACCAGUUGGGAAACACUGAUAUACAGUAGAUGUAACCUAGUAUUAUUACAACCUUAUGCAUUCCAAUUUGAAUACGCUUGUAACAUUUUCAUGUUACACACUAAAAUGAUAAAAGUUCCCAUCUGAUCCUUUUCUCUACUCCUUGAAUAUCUGUCAAUCAUGCCAUUAUUUUUGAUUUAUUUUUUUAAAAACGGAGUAGACGGUAAAUUUUCUUUCUUUCUUGUGUACAGUCAACUCAUGAUGAUGCUUCUCGUAAUUGUCACUUUUGCUCUCCUGUUUUAUUGUGUUUGAUUUUUGUAAACAAUAUAUUUAUGUAUUUCGUGUGUUCUUUGUAUGUAUUCAUUAUCUCAUUGUCUUUUAUCUGUUCUACCCUCUGCACAUCAUUUUGUAAACCUGGUUUUAAA